UAUGCCCUUGACCCAAAGUGAUCAUAAACAAAACUGUCUCACUCAUAAAGGAAUAUUUUUGGUCGACAAAUGUGGUAGCUUUUUCCAAAGAAGAUUUUAUAGAGAAGUUAGACUAUGUUGAUAAAGCACUUGAACUAUUCACUGAAAUUAUGAAGUUCCGCAGUAUAUUAAAGCCAUGUGUGACGAAACUUUACAAAUCUUGCAGUUUCACACUACUUCCGUCGCUCAAAAGCGAGUUUGUUUUUCUUUUUUAUGUCUCAUUACUUGGAAUGGAGACCUUUGGAGAAAACGGAUUGGGACACUUUCUUCUUUGUAUUAAAGUUCAAUAUUGUAAAGAAAUUCUUAGAUUUUUAUGUUCACCUGAAGUACUGCGCGAGCUGAAAUCAGAGUGGAUUCAUGUUUAUGAUGAAUCGUUUGUAGAUACUUUUCUGAUUAAACCUCUUGUAAAAUGGAAGCCUGUAUUUAUAUCCCUUCAAAAAUCUCUGGAAUCAGAGCAAAGUACACCCGAUCAUAAGAAAAUUACAGAAGUUCAACCAUUCAGGCUAACGCAACCAAAACCCCGAUCUAUUCUUAUGCCAGAUAUUGUAAUUCCAAAAAUGCAAAAAAUGCGCGACCCUCCAAUUUCUACUUAUAAUCAACCACCGGAAAUUUCUUUAUUACUCAUGGAAAAAAACAAAAAUCGUGAACAGAUUGAAAAGUUAAAAAUUCAAAGUGAUAGGCUUAAACCAAAAUGUGCUGAAAUAAUUUGUGGUGAUGCAAAAACAACGAAUAAUCAAAAUGAAUGUAACUUUAAGAAUGAUUCUGCAGAUAACAUAGAAGAUACUAGAAAUAAUAAAAGGAUGAUGAAUCCUUCAGUCAAAUUGGAAAGUCAAAGAAUUAGCUCAAAUAAAAGAAAUUAUUUGUCUGCUUUAAACAAAACCGCAGUGGUUAAUACAAAUGCUGUUAGUAUAUUACGUGAAUGGAAAUUGUAUUCGGAUAGAGAGAGGGAACAAAGACAAAAGCUUUGUGAAUUAGAAUCUGGAGCGUUUACGAAUGCUGCUUAUAAUUCUUGGAAACAAGAAGAAGAGAUGAAAAUUAAAUUAAAUCAACUGAAAAAAAUGGAACGUAAUCGUUUAAAUGUAAUGAUAAGUCAUGAAGCAUCAUCAACAGCUAAGUUUGAUCUUUGCUGUAAACGAAAAAUUGCGGCUAAUAAACUUAGAAAUGAAAAGCGUGCCAAGCUAUUGGAAUUUUUAAAUGAAAAGAAAUUACAACAGGAUAAAAUGAAUAAAGUAGCCAAAGAAGUUGCUAGUUCACAUGAAAAUGCAAAAAUUGCAAAGAAGAAGUUGAUGGAAGAAAAGAAAAAAUCAGCUAGUGAAAUACUUAAGGAAAGUAAACAACUGUUAGAUAAAGCUGCGAUAAAAGCGGAAGAGGAGAAGAAAAUGAAAAAAGAAUUGAUUAGUCAGAUUCAAGCGGAAGAAUUAUCGGCCAUAAUGACGAAAUCACGAAACGUAAAACAAAUUGAUUUAACCAAUACACCCGGACAUGGUUUACUAAAUGAAAUGUCUAUAAUUGAGUUAAGGGAACGCCUUAAUCAAUUGAAAAUUAAUAAACAACGUGAAUUGGAAGAGAAAAGAGAUGCAAUAAUAAAUGAUAAAGAACAAAAAACAAAGGUUUUAUUAGAGUUACUUACUCGAAUUGGCAAACACAGAAGUGUAAAAACUGUAGCUGCAACGAGAAAAAUGGUAAAUAAUGGGGAAAAUACUUUUAUCAAUAACUGCAAAGUUACUAAGGAAGAUAUAUACAAAAAUGAUCCAUCACUACAACAAAUGCUUGAUUGUUUGAGUAAACAAAAAGAAGAAAGACAAAGAUAUGCAAAGAGUGAUCAGUCACAAAAAUUCAGGAAAUAUGUAAAUAAAGGUGUUAAAAAUAAGGAGAAUGAAUCUCUGAAAACAUUCUGGGAUGAACUUGAACGUCAAAGAGAACAAAGAUCACGAAUGGAAACAGGGGCUACGCAUCAUCCUUCAGAGCACUUAAUCACGAGUCUCACAGCUUAGAGCAAAGGAAAGGAAGAAUUCUCAAACUGUUUCCUGAAUUAUGUUUGAUGAAAGAGAACGGUGUUAUGCAAGAAUCUUCAAUUAUAAGUCCUUGAUAUAUUAAAAACAUUUUAUUUAAGACAUACAGUCAACUUGCCUAAUCAAUUUUGAUUAAACAGACAAAGUGGAAAUAACAACAGUAUUUAUGUUAACUAAUUUUAUAGUGGGU